UCAGCUAAUAAAACUACAAAUCCCUACUUCCUACAGCGGCAUGGUUUUGAUGACGACAUGGUCACGUGAUGCUUUUUUCGCCAAUGAGGUGAGCCGCACGUGGUGAUAACAAACCCGGAGCACUGUGUAGCAGAGACGAUGGCUGCAGUGUUUAGCUGUUUCUAGUGUAAUUAUCGUGUUUAAAGGAGAUUUUGAGACUAUUUAUUCAACAGAAAUUACUUAAAACUAUAUAAGAAUGUGUGAAACCUCUUAAGAACCAGCAUAUGUUUGAGGCGAGCCUAUAAAAUAAGGGAAACAUCGCGUUUGGCAGGAAUGUUUAGCCACAUUAGUGUACAUGCAGUUGUAGUUUAGCUAGCGAGUUUAAAUUAAAUGUUUGAGUGGUUAUUUAGAGUUACAUGUAAAUUUGGAUUAUUUAGGUGUUAAACACAGUCUGAGGUUUGUUAAAUAUUUUUAUACUUGUUUAUUCUGUUUGUACUGUAGCUAUUAGAACUGCUACUCUUUACUGCUGUCUGUAAAAAUAAUCCUUUAUACGAUCUGGAGGUCCAGUGAAACUGUACAGUGUGUGUUUCUGACCUCACCAUGCCCGCUGCAGUCUGCCUGUGUGUGCUGUGUGGUUUACCUGCGUCUGGGAAGUCCAGCCUGGCCCAGGUAGUCUCUUCUGAACUCCACAUGCAGGGCUGGAGGACUCUUAUUUUGUCAUAUGAUCAGCUCAUAUCUGAGGAUGCCUUUGAUUUCAGUACAGCUGUGGUGGACGAGGAUGGUGUCUCCAGAGGGCAGACGAGGUGGAGGCAGCACAGGCAGGCCGUGUUGUCCUGUGUGGAGAGUUUCCUGCAGGAUUCUGAUGCUCCCGGUCACUGUCGGAUUGAGAAAGGUGUGUGGGAGCGUUUUAGCCAAGCCAUACAGCAGCAGAAGAUCUUACAAGCCCUGCAGAAAUCUACACCCCAACCUGUUGCAGUGCUGCUCGAUGACAACUUCUACUACCAGAGCAUGAGAUACGAGGUUUACCAGCUCGCCAGAAAGUAUUCGACAGGUUUCUGUCAGGUAUAUCUGCACUGUCCGGUGGAAGUGUGUCUCAGUAGAAACUUGGACCGAGGACGACCAGUACCAGAUGAGGUGAUUGUAGAGAUGUCCAAACGCAUGGAGUCUCCUAAUGCGGCCAAAAACAACUGGGAGGAGACCAGUCUGACCCUCAACAGCACAGACUUCACCAAUGCACACAUCCAGAGUCUGCUCCAGUUGAUGUCCUCAGCACUUAAGAACCCAUUGAGUCCAGUUCAGGAUGACUCAGAGCAGAAGGAGGCAGAUCGAGAACGCUGUGCCUCCAGUGUGGUGCACCAGGCAGACCAGGCCUGUCGGCGGCUGGUGUCUCAGGCUAUGGUGAGAGCAAGAGAGAAUAAGGCAUCCUCUGAGGUUCUGAGGGUUCUGGCCCGGGAUCUGAGUGAGCAAAAGACCCGUUUUCUGCAGGAUCUGAGAAGACACGUCCUGCAUGAGCUGCCGGUCAGUGAGGGGGAGGCAGUGGACGUGGAGCGAGUGGUCAGUCGAGCCCUGACCGUCUUCCAGCAGCAGAGAGAGGAAGUUCUGCAGAGACAUGGCGUCAGCAGCACCAGAACCACUAUCGCAUGAGAGACUCAAUGCAGCCACGAGGCUCAUGUGGCUAACAAGUAAUGAAGAAUUAUAUACACUAGCAUGGUGCUAACUGCAGGCCUUGAUCAUCACUCUUUUCUGAGUGUGUGGUGGUGUUCUGUAAUCUGAAAUAGACUUUGAUUAUGUGUCUUUGGACACUAUGGAUUGGUGCUUUUCUUGACAGGGAUUAAGCCUUUUUUGCACUAUAAGGAGCAUUUAAAAUCCUUUAAUUUCGCAACAAUCAUCAGUGCGCCUUAUAAUCUGGUGCACCUUAUGUAUGAAUUUUACCAGUCAGGUUGUGAGAAGCAGUAAAGCUCAGAAGCUGAGCCCUAGCUCUUUGGCUGUUCAGAGGUGAAUAUAAGUAGCCUGCUGCUAACCUCAAGCAGCAUUAGCAUUAGCUGCUAACCACAGCGCUUUCUCUUUUGCUGUUCAGAGGUAAGUAUAUCAGAUGUAAUAUGGGACAAAACGCUAGCUAAUAUCACCCUGGCUUAUCGAAACACUUAAGGUUCCUAAGUGUAUAGCACUGUCAGGUGGCAUUAGCUGCUAACUGCUAGUUUUAGUGGAAAACUGUAAAUCUAAGUUUGCUUUAAAUAAAAGAAAGCGCUUUAAUCACCCAAAUUAACAGUUUUAAGGAGAGAAAUCUGUGUAGGUUAUCACCCAGCCCUCAUUUGACUUAUCUGACUCGUCACCCAGCGGAGAGACCUGCUGAAUUAGAGUUGCAUAAAAUGCACCUUAUGAAUAAAAAUAAAUCAGAUGUUUAUUGAUAGUGCGCCUUAUAAUACGGCAAGCCUUAUAGUGCAACAAGUACGGUGGUUUUAAGAUUACAUUUAUCUUUUUUUUUUUUUUUUUUUUUUUUGGAGAAUCUCCAAUCAAAAUGAUGUGUAGUUUAAAAAUAAGCUUAAUUCCUGUCCGGAAACUGACUGCAUAUAUCAAUGUAUAUUAAGUCAGGUAACAUUAUUAAUAAAUUUUAGGCUUUUUAUUCUUUUCGUUAAAUUAAUUUUUAUUAGGCCUGUCACAAUAAUUACAUUACAGAUUUAUCGAACGAUACAUAAACAUGAUGUCGAUCAUGUGAAGACCUUGAUAUUGCUGUUGUGUUUAUGUGUAUUUAAGCAGAGAAAUUUACACAUGCACAAAACACCCACACACACAGCACAGAUUUAAUUCUCAACUCAAACUCAACCAGAGCUGCUGUUGAACGUAAGAAAGAGCCUUUUGAAACUUUGUGAAGUAAACAGCAUUAUUAGCACACUUGACCCGUGAUCUCAAAUAUAUUCCGAUUUGUGAAUAUGGUCACUGAGUUUGAUCACCCAUUAUUUGGGAUUAAACUGAUGUCAACUUAAUUUAAAAGCAAUUUGUAUGUGUAUAUGUAUGCACACAUACCCACAAUAAAGUCAUUUAUCGAGAUAAAUCCUGGGACAAUUUAUUUUCCAUUAAAAACGGUUAUAGUGACAGGCCUAAUGUUAAAAGAAAAUCAAAAUUAUUUAACUUAAUAUCAGGAAGAAAGUGAAUUAUUUGUUCAGAAAUAUUUCAUUUAAUUAUCUUAUUUUAUUAUUUUAAUUACUGUAUGAAGUCACUUGUUGAUUACUUGUAAAUAUUACUUUAUAAUUUUGCAAUUUAUUUCAAUGAAAUACCAGUGUGAAUGCACUAUGAAAAAAGUCAGAGCACCCCUCAUUUAAUAAUUAAUAAAUUAAUGUAAAAAAAUAAAGUAAUGCAUAAAAAAAGCUUUAAGAGAAAAUAGAACCACUUACAACCCUUGAAAAACCUGAUAGACCACCAACACCACCCCUAUAAGAUAAACAGCAGCACAGUAUGUGUUUAUGCCAUUGUUUCUGAGACUAAGUAUAAAGCAGUUCACACUUAGUGACAGUUUUGACAGGAAAUGUAAUAUACACUUAAUGGACAAAAGUAUUGGGAGAUCUAUUAUACAAAUUUUUGUUUAUUAUUGAUCUUGUAACAAAAGCUGUGGACGGAGCUCCACAAUUCCACUGCUCCUUUAUACCCCUCUAGCCCAUGCCUGGCAUUAAAGGAGACCUCUGGAGUGAAACAUGGUGAUGAGAACUAACAUUUGUUGAAGUCUUUUUUUCCCUGCAUUUCAAAGUAUAGCUCUUUUAGCUGAUGCUCCUAACAAGUUUUCAAUGCUAGAGAUGGGGGAAUAAAACUGCACAAGCAAAGAAAUUGCUCAUUUUAAAGAAAUUAAUAGUUUUACACCAUUAGGAAGAUAAAAGUAGCUCCACAUUUCAUUAGUAGGAUUCUAAGGACUCUGACAUUUAAAAUGAGGUACUGAGAACCUUAAAAGGGCACAGGUAGUUUACCUGCCAUUUUGAAAUUAAGUCACAAUAAAUUGAUUGAUGAGCACAAACUAUUAGGUAGGAUAGUGGAACAGAUUGCAAAAUUAAUUUGCGUGGAUUUCCACUGUUGCUGAAAAUAUCUUUUUUAAUAUUCAUGCAUUUGGACUUAAAUCAUUUUGCAGACUGUUCCUCUAUCCUAUCUAUUUGUUUGUGCUCGUCAGUCGACAUCUCGUGACUUAAUUCCAAGAUGGCGGCGUCCAGAGAUCUAGCUAAAGGUACUGUGUGCGUAUAAACAGUGCGUAUAAAUCUAUGCACUUUCAAAGUUUUCAGUACCUCAUUUUAAAUGUCAGUGCCCUCAGAAUAUUAACCAAUGAAGUUGUGGAGCUACUUUGAACUUGUUAUUGGUGUAAAAACAGCCAUUUGUAUGCCUAGCAGUGUACGCCUGUUGGGAGCAUUUGCCAAAAGUGCUAAGAGGUUGGCUUUUCGACAAAGAAUUGUACUCGUUAUUAUCAUGUUUCACUACAUCCCAAUUCCAUUUCACACUAGAUUUCUCCUUUAGGAACUGUGCCAAUAGGAUUAUGUUUGUUUAUCUGCUUAAACCUGAACUUAAAGUUGCUAAAUGCAUUUAUUAGACGUGGGUAGACAUAUAAUAGUGUAUUAAAGGAGAAGUCCGGUGUAAACUUGACUUUUGGUGUAGUAAAACAUGACAAAAGUACUAACUUCUCUUGAAAGUUAGUACUUCCGUUCUCCCACAGCUUUCCAAGAUAUAGCAGUUUUUUUGGAGUUUCUCCAAACCGCUUUAGAAUGGAUGAAAUGGGGCAUAUUUUAUCUCUGGGUGCCAGCAUCUUAAAGUAAAGUCAUCAUCAUGAUAAAAAGUGCUGUGCAAAGUGGCAGAAAAUGACUGGAUCUUGGAAAGCUGCGGAAGAGCAGAGGUGCGCUAUUCAACAAAGGUUAAUACUCUUUAUCAUGUUUUACAACACCCAAAGUAAAUUUUACACCAAAGUUCUCCUUUAAGGGUUCUCUGACUUUUAGAAUUUCUUAUUCUGUGAAUAAUUGUCUUCAAUAUACAAAUUGAAAUAUUCUGAAAAUCAAAGCCAACAACAUAUGUUUCUUUUGUUUAUUUUUUAUUUGUAUUAUUAGUGAAGGCAGAAUCAGAACCUGGUCUUGUGAGAUGAAAAGUGAAUACAAGAAGUGCUGCUUUCUUUACAGAAACAAUGAAAAUCUGGACAGUUCUUGAA